UCUCGACCCGAGACGGUUUGACCCGCUUUUCCUUGCAGUCAUGUGUUUGUUUGUGCUGCUGAAUGUCGCUUCAGGGAUCUUUCUGCUUCUGAGAGCUGAAUGUGUGCAGGCUGCAGUUGCUUCUGCUCGUGUUCCCCUGCACUGCAGACUGGGCUUCAAACCCUGUAAGGAUGGAGCAGAGUGUGUGCUGUACAGUCAUGUGUGUGAUGGGGAGAAUGACUGUCUUGACGGCUCUGAUGAAGAUGAAUGUGCUGCUGUUUGCAGCAUAGGUCAGUUUCAGUGUGCACAUGGUAAGAAGUGCAUCGAGCGCCGGCAGGUGUGUGACGGUGUGGCUCAGUGUCAGGAUCGCUCAGAUGAAGUCGACUGCUUCAAGCCGGACGAGGGCUGCGGUCAUCGCUGCGAUAAAAACCGUUGUAUCCCAGAAUCCUUUGUCUGUGAUGGAGACGCAGACUGUGCUGACGGCAGUGAUGAGGAAAGCUGUGAUAUCAGCCCUGAUGAAGAUGAUGAUGAUAGCGUCGAGGAGGAAAAGACAACAGAGGAUGAAGUCUCAGGAAAAGCUCCUGUAACUAAAGGACCUCUACGCUGUUCAAUCGGCUCUAAGUUAUGUAGAGAUGGGACGGAUUGUGUACUCUAUAAUCACGUGUGUGAUGGCGAGCAUGACUGUAAUGAUGGGUCUGAUGAAGACGAGUGCUCUGUGGAGUGUGAAUCUGGUCAGUUUCAGUGUGCACAUGGUAAGAAGUGCAUUGAGCGCCGGCAGGUGUGUGACGGUGUGGCUCAGUGUCAGGAUCGCUCAGAUGAAGUCGACUGCUUCAAGCCGGACGAGGGAUGCGGUCAUCGCUGCGAUAAAAACCGUUGUAUCCCAGAAUCCUUUGUCUGUGAUGGAGACGCAGACUGUGUGGACGGAAGCGAUGAGGCCAGCUGUGGUGAGGAGAGCUGCAGCAGUGCUGAAUGGCUGUGCAGCAGCGGUCAGUGCGUUUUGGUCAGUAUGCGCUGUGAUGGACACCCGGACUGCAGAGAUCAUUCAGACGAGGAGGACUGCGCUGAACCUCCGCCAUGCAGCACGCAGCGCCGCUGUCCAAAGAGCCAGGAGUGUCUGCUGGACGAGUGGAUAUGUGACGGAGAGAUGGACUGCAAGGAUGGCACAGAUGAGAAGAACUGUAAGGAGACUCCAGCGCAGUGUGGUGAGUUCCAGUGGCCAUGCGCCUCUAACACGCAGUGUAUUCCGAAAGCCUGGCGCUGUGACGGCUCUGAAGACUGCAGGGAUGGAAGCGACGAAUCUGGUUGUCCGAGUGUGUCCUGUCCUCCUCAUCUGUUCCAGUGUGGUAGUUCAGGGUGUGUGGAACCGUCUCAGCUCUGUAACGGGGUCACUAACUGUCUGGACGGUUCUGAUGAGGGCGGGACGUGCCAGACAGACAAAUGCUCUGAACGGUCAAAGUGUGCACAGGACUGCCACAGCACACCUACAGGCACGCGCUGUUGGUGCAGGAUGGGCUACAAGCCUAUGGAUGAUGGUGUGGUGUGUGUUGAUGUGGAUGAGUGUGUGGACCGUCCAGACUUCUGUUCACACUACUGUAACAACACUCAGGGCUCAUUUGAGUGCUCUUGUAGUCACGGUUAUGUUCUGGAACCUGAUGGCCACAGUUGCAAAAUCACAGGUGAGCCGUACCUGCUGGCGUCUGUGCAGUCUGAGGUCUUCCUGCUGGGUCUGAGGAGCUCCAGUCUGGACGUCCUGCUCUCGUCAGAGAAGCAUUUUGUCCUGUCACUUGACUAUGACUGGCAGAAGCAGAGAGUGUACUGGAUCAACCUCAACGCGGACAACAUAAAAUGGUUGUCACUGGAUCAGAAGAGCAAAGGAACCUUUAUUAAAGGUAUCAAUGCAGACAGUCUGGAAGUGGACUGGGUGGCGAGGAACCUCUACUGGGCCGAUGGCGUCAACAGCCAGAUCAAUGCAGUGGGACUGGACAGUGAUGCCACCGGAACCACACACAGUGUGGUGAUCCUGGGUGAAGAUCUAGGGCAGCUCCGCUCCAUCGCUCUGCUGCCACAGGAAGGAAUUAUGUUCUGGUCAGAAACUGGGGACGAGGCUCAAAUAGAAAGAGCAGGAAUGGACGGCUCAGACAGACGUGUGCUGGUCAGUCACUCUCUCCGAUGGCCGGUCAGUUUGACGGUGGACUCCCUGCAUCACAGAAUCUACUGGACAGAUGAGAAACUCAAGUGCAUCGGAUCAGCCGAUACUGAUGGAGGAGAUAUUAAGCUCUUGCAGAUGAUGGAGACCCCCAGUCCAUUCUCAGUGUCUGUAUUCAAUGAUGAGGUCUACUGGUCUGAUACCAAAAGAGGAACUAUUCAGAGAGCUCACAAAAUCACGGGCAAAUUACACCAAGUCCUGCUCAAACGUCUUGGACAGCCAUUCGGUUUGAAGGUCAUUCAUGCAUUUUUCCAAGUGGGCGUCCCUAACCCGUGUGCUUCCCAGCACUGCUCUCACCUGUGUGUUUUAUCGCCGGGGCUGAAGGCUGUGUGCAAGUGUCCGUCUCAGUUGCUGCUGAAUGAAGAUGGACUGACCUGCUCCAAACACAAAGACUCGUCCUUCCUGCUGUUUCUUUCUCCAACUGCAGUCACACAGAUUUAUUUACAGAACAGACACGCCGCCGUGGACCUAAAGAACUGGCCUGAACAUCGGCGUUUUGACCUUCCCAGCAUGAACAAGCCAACCUUGUUAGAUUUAGUGCUGCGUGACCUCACUCUGUACGUGGCCGAUGACGGGCAGCCUGUCGUGGGGCUCUUCAAGAUGAAGGACACAACGCUGGUGCCACGUGGGAAACUGCUCCAGCUACAUAAGGACUCGCUGCGCACGUUCUCAGUGGACUGGAUCACCCUGAACGUGUACUGGAGCAGCGAGAAGCUGCCUGGCCUGCAGGUCACCUCACCGGAUGGUGCACACACCAGUGUGAUAAUACAGGACGGUGUCGGAGCUAUUGAAUCCAUUGCUUUAGACCCACCCAGCGGACGCCUCUGCUUCUCAAACAAAAUCCAGGAAGGUCACAUGACCCAGGUGGAGUGUGCCUAUAUGAAUGGACAGAACAGGACAGUGGUGUGGAGUAAUUCAGUCCGGCCAACUUCACUGAUCUUGACAGAUGAAGGGAAUAAACUGUACUGGGCUGACACUGGUCUUGCAGUAAUUGGUUCAGUUGCCAUAGAUGGUUCUGGAUACAAGGAAAUAAAGACAGAAGAACGCUUGAUGGCAUUUGCUUUGGUUAACAAAGUUCUUGUUUGGAUUACUAAAAAAGACUCCACUAAGUGUUGGUUUAGUGAUGAUGAGCAUACAGGGAAGCUGUGGUUUGAAGUGGACGCCGACAUCAACAGUCUGAAAGCAUUUGCAAAGUCGAGACAAAAAGGCACUAAUCUCUGCUCUAAUGGUAAUGGAGGCUGCAGUCACCUUUGUCUUGCGUUCCCUGGAGGAAUGGCGUGCCACUGUGCCCAUAAUCACCGCCUGGUCAACGGCAGAGACUGCAGUCUGGACCCCCGCUGCCCUGGAGGCACCAAACCUUGCCUGAGUGAAGACCUCUGUCUAUCUCUGGAGCAGUUCUGCAACGGCGUCGCCGACUGUCCAGAUCAUUCUGAUGAGAACUGUGUUCAAGAUACACAACAUAAAAAUGUCCGGAUCAAUCCUAAAGCGUUUCGUCCAGGUUUGAGUGAUAAUGUCAUACCAGAGAACAUCGAGUCUGAGGCGUGUGGCGUUACGCUGUGUAACGGCAACGGUAAAUGCACAACCCAGAACGGAGUGACGGUGUGCGUCUGUGAGGCGGGUUACAGUGGAGAGCACUGUCAGGAACAUUCGAGUGGGCUCUCACAGGGGCCGCUUCUGUACGGAGUAGUUGGACUGUGUGCCGCUGUGGUUGUCAUGGGGGUUACCGUCGGCAUCUGAA